AGCCGCUUCGGCCGCUGACCUCAGGAGUAGGAUUCACGAUCUAACAUUACCACUCGCUUCUUUUGGCAUGACGUGGAAGGCGUCAUCACUGCUCUUUAUGACAUGUGGCCUGGCACCUCGUUGUAAUGCUGAUGGGAUCAUCUUACCUGAGGAGGAUCUCAUAGUUACCACAUCUGAGGUCCUGCGCUUCAGAAGAGUUUCCUCGAUGAAUGUGCUCGGUGUCGAGAUCCAUUCCGAGUUCAAUACCCCUACACAUCCUGAUGUGGACCAUCGUCUGUCCAUAGCACGCAAGAGUUCCUAUGGCAUGUCCAAUUAUUUCAGGUGUUCUGCUGUGAGUAUUAGGGAUAAAUUCUGGAGGUAUCAGGAGACGGUUCAGGGUAUUGCUAUGUACGGUAUCGAGGGCAUGACACUCGACAAUCAUUCCAUUCAGAAUGCUGGUCGGACUUGGCGUGACGUACGUGCGUGCUUGUGUGCAUAUGGUGUUAUGUGGGACCGCAUCCGUACGGAUGCCUCGGAGUUCCUGCGCAUGAAUUUCUACCUUCGUGAAUCCAGUCAGAUGAAACGCCAACGGGGAAGGGGACUUGCCAUUGGACAGAGACAUUGGACCCACAUGUUGUCAGAGUUCUUCGGGCCCAAGUGGUGGGGGGAUUUCCGUGCUACUCCAGGGACCUUCGAGCAGUUCGCCGCACGCGUCUGUUCUCGGGAUAUGCUUGACUGUUUCCAGAUCCGUGCCAAAACGCAUAGUCAUCCUAGGGCUACUGGGGAGGUCCAUAUCCAAAUUCAGCAGGAACUUCAGGAGUAUGGAGUGGACGAGGGAUCACAAACUGCCAAUGAUCGUCUAGCUAAACGACUUGCUGUACACACAUCCAAAUGGGAGAAUGCCGAGUGGGAUCUUGAGGCCUUCGGAGUCCCCAUAAGUAUCCAUGGAGAUAGCCUCUUGGUUGUAUCAUGGUGCCAAGGGUACUGGCAGGUUAUCAACAAAGAUUAUCAAAGGAGAGUCGACAGGAUCAUACAUCGUCUGGAUGGUAUGUCUUUUAUGUUUCGUAUACGCCCGGUUGCUCCUGGAAGAGACCUUAUCGAACACUGCUUCAGGGAAUGGAAUACAAGGGCGGACGUGCUCACUCAUACUGCCCGAGAGGGCAUCAACAUAUUUCAGGAUUGUAUCGGGCAGCAGCCCAACGAGUAUUCGAAUCUUUACAGGUAUUGUGCCAUCGAUUGUGGCUUCGAUGGUGGAGUGUCGACGGCGGGUGUCGGAGUCGGUUGCUGGAUUGAUGUCGGUCGUGUCUCGCGGACGUGUCGUAAGCCGAGCUCCAUAGAUAUUGUGUGGACGGAGGUGUAUAGUGCUGCUUUCUCUAUCGACAACAAUGCUUCAGUUACUGAUGCCGAACUGUCGGCGAUUGAACAUAUCAUUGAUGUUCUUCCACGGGUUCUUCACACAUACUUUGAGUUUGAACUUUUGUGACUUGUGAUUGCGUUGCUGUCUUCAUGCUUGUGUGUUCAUGCAUGCACGUGUGUCGAAUAAGACCUUCGCUUGAUGGCCACUUGUUCGAAAGUGAGCUUCGCUCCCUGCCGCAUGCGUGUGGUGGGCAGUUUGGCUCACCUGUAUGUCACCCGUUUCCUUGCUAGCGACUGGGCCUGACGGCCCGCACAGUCGACCGCAAAGACCGCAAAAAACCAAGGUUGACGGUUUACCGCCGCCGCCCAGUUCCGGCGCGGCUGGAGCUAGUUGGCCGACCCGGCCUGGGCGGACAAUGUGGUGACCUCGGGUCGGUUUUCGG